UCAUCAAACGCAAUGGCUAGCAAUGUUACCAACAGGAGAGACCCUCACUCCAUGAACUCCCGUGUGUUCAUUGGGAAUCUCAACACUCCUGUGGUGACGAAGUCUGAUGUGGAAGCAAUUUUCUCGAAAUAUGGCAAAAUUGUGGGUUGCUCUGUUCACAAGGGUUUUGCCUUUGUGCAGUAUGUUAAUGAGAGAAAUGCCCGGGCUGCUGUAGCAGGAGAGGAUGGCAGAAUGAUUGCUGGCCAAGUUUUAGAUAUUAAUCUGGUUGCAGAGCCAAAAAUGAAUCGAGGAAAAGCAGGUGUGAAACGAUCUGCAGUGGAGAUGUACAGCUCCUCUUUUGACUUGGAUUAUGACUGUCAACGGGAUUAUUAUGACAGGAUGUACAGUUACCCAGCACAUGUUCCUCCUGCUCCUCCUAUUGCUCGGGCUGUGGUGCCCUCAAAACGCCAGCGUGUCUCAAGGAACACCUCACGAAGGAGGAAAAGUAGCUUCAAUUCUAAGAGUGGACAGCGAGGUUCUUCCAAGUCUGGAAAAUUGAAAGGAGAUGACCUUCAGGCCGUUAAGAAGGAAUUGACCCAGAUCAAACAAAAAGUGGAUUCUUUACUGGAAAACCUGGAAAAAAUUGAAAAGGAGCAGAGCAAACAAGCAGCAGUAGAGCUGAAGAAUGAGAAGCUUAGUGCCCUUACUUUUAAGACAUUUGAGACGAUGAAAAAAUAUACAUUCAUUGAUGAAAAUGUUCAAAAACAGACCUUAAUUUGGCUUUCAAGCAAACAGAAAAGUAACGGUUGCUUUGAAAAUGAUGGUGAGCUCUUCAAUGAUGCCUGGAAGAGUGGAGAUGAAGAGGGUAUUCUACUGAUGGCACUUACUGUUGGGGCCUUCUUUGAAGCUGGGCUCAAUUUCACUUUUCCUGCUCUACGAAAUGGGCUCUUUUGCCUAGAGGAAGCAUUGGCAAGUGGUGUCACUAAUGCUUAUAACCAGGCAAUUCUAGCGUAUGUUUUGGCAUUAGCUGGAAAAGAGAAGCAAGUGGAAGUUUUGCUCCAGACUCUGGAUCAAUCUGCUACAAAAAUCAAUAAUGUUAUAUACUGGGAAGGAGAAAGUAAACCCAAGACAGAAGAAUCUCCACCCUUUAUUCCUCAUGUGCCUUCUGUUGAGCAAGAGAAGACUUGCUAUGUGCUGUUAGCUGUCAUUUCCCGGGAGAUUCCUGACCUCACCUAUGCUAGUUGUGCAGUGGGUCGCCCAACAGAUGAAUUUCAAUGGAGGCUUCUCUUCCACCCAGGUGAACCUGUCAUUUCUGCUGAAUUUCUAGAAAAAUUUUUACAAAAUUAUGAAAUAGAUGACUCCAUUAAAAAGCUACUAGACAUAUCAGCAGACAGUGAUAAAGAAAUGACAGGAAGAAAUGACGUGCCUCAAGCAACUUCACCAGGGCUUGAUUUGUUUGAAGGGCCAAAUCUGAAACUGGAUAAUCAAGAGGUUGAAAAAAAUUCCCUGGUUUCUGAAAGAGACCAAGAGAAAGCCAGUGAAACAAAAACAGAGAAGACACUGAAGAAAACUGACCUCUGCAGUAGCAAAAAGGAAGAAAUUGUCUCCAAAAUGCUGCGAGCUCUGAAAUAA